AUGCCUGUCAUCUCUCGCCUCUUCUCUGUCCUCCUCCGUCUUGCGGAGCUUGCUUGUGCUGCUGUCGUUGCUGGUAUCGUUGGAUACUAUCUGCACCGCUGGAGCGAUGACCACCUCAGUGCCUGGGCACAAGGUCGCUGGAUCUACACCGAAGUAAUAGCAGGCCUAUCUUUGUUGCUAGGCUUACUCUGGUUAAUCCCAACCGCUCAUACAUUCUUCAUCUGGCCCAUUGACAUUAUCAUCUCACUCUGCUGGUUCGCUGCUUUUGGUCUGCUGGUCGAUGCUUUGGACGGCGUCGACUGUGGCACUGCCUUUUCCUGGGGUUAUAUCGGCCACAAUGACUGGUGUGGACGCUGGAAGGCAGCUGAAGCCUUUAGCUUCUUGUCGGCUAUAAUCUGGCUUGUGUCUGGUAUCUUGGGAAUCUACUUUGUCUGGCGUGUCGACCGUCGCCGAAACUACGUCUACGGACGCUACAGUGUCUAA